AUGUCGAGCCAUAGAUCUUGUGCCCUGGUUCUCGCCUGCGCCGCUCUCAUGGCGGCGGUGGCCGGCGCCACGCAGUACAGCGUCGGCGGCGACAAUGGCUGGGCCGUGCCCGGCGCCGGUGCUGAAUCCUACAAUACCUGGGCGGAGAAGACCGGCUUCCAGAUCGGCGACCAGCUCCUGUUCGUGUACCCCAAGGACAAGGACUCGGUGCUGCUGGUGCAGCCGGCCGACUACAACGCCUGCAACACCACCUCCUACGACAAGCAGUUCGACGACGGCAGCACCGUCUUCGACCUCGACCGCGCGGGCGCAUUCUUCUUCAUCAGCGGCGUCGACGCCAACUGCCGCGCCAACGAGAAGCUCAUCGUCAUGGUCUCCGCAGCCGCCGCCGCUGCAAAGGGCGCUCCAGCGCCGAGCCAGGGCUCGCCUACAACGACUACUCCACCGCCAUCACCUCCCUCGAGCAGUGACGCCGGCGAUGCCGCGCAGUCUCCGCCUUCUUCCCCCAAAACUCCAGCCACGCCAAACGCUCCGGCUGGCGCCAGUAACUCCACGGCGGCCAAGGGCACGCCUCCUGGAGCAGCCAACGGCGCCGGCCUCACGGUGGCAGGCCUCGCCGGCUCGUUCGUGGCAUGGGUUGGAUACGCCAUGCUUGCUUUCUAG